GAAACUAAAAGAUCAAAAAAGGAAAGGCUGCGAACGAGCGAGAGGCGCGAAGACUGAGGAGAGAAACAAAAUUUUCAUUCAAUCAUUCUUAAAUCUGUUAAAAAGACAUAACGGAACCAAAAAAAUAAAAAUAAAAAUAAAAAAGCAGAGAAAAAAAAAGAAAAAAAUAAGGAGGCAAUGGCAGCAACGGCCGCAAAUACGAAAACGAUAACGCUAUUGGCGUUGGGAGGGAGCUUCUUGAUUCAGAAAUGACAAUCCGAAACGUUAACAUUUGUGUUUUUUUGGUAAAACAUUUUGCUAUUAUUUUAAGUGACGAAAUCUGAUUGGAUUCUAAGAAUUUUGGUGGAUCGAAAAUGGAUCCGAUGAUCGAACUGUGCGACAUUAUAGCGAGACGUCCGGAGCAAUUUAGAGACAAACUAGCUUGGAUUUGCGGUAGAUGCCCGCAGCCGGAGACGUUACAGAACGACUCGCCGAGGGCAUCAAGGUCGCAACUCCAUGCGGUGAUUGGCGUCGCGCGAUUUCUUUCUAAAUGUCCCCAUUCGAGGGAUGACCGACCUAUAUCGGUGACGCUAGAGUUUAUUCGGGCCAUUCCGUCAUCGUUCCAUCGUUCCUUUUGGCCGCAGUCUUACAACAACGAUGCAAUUUCUUCAUUCUUCGUUGAUUUCUUGAAAUACAUUUCUGAAACCGCUAAUGCAUCUCCCGAUCUGGCUUCCGAGAUCGCCGAGUAUUUCGGGGAGGUAGUUACUACCUCCGUCAGUAACCAGGAAGGAAACGGAAACGAUACGGCAAUUUCUAGGGCUUUCCUGCUGGCUUUGUCAAAUAACUUCCCGCCAGUUUUACAGUCUGAUGCUGAUCAAUUGAUAGAUCACCUUUUCGAUCAAUUAUCUACGUUACUUACGGCGUCACAGGGGGAGAUUCCAGGAACCUUGGAUACUCAGGCUGCAGCCAAUGGGAGUAGUGUUUAUUGGAAUAGUUAUGCUGAUCACAUGAAUUUCAGUAUUGAUGGAGGUGGGACUAUGUUUGCGCAACAAGUUGCUUCAUUCGAGGACGAGUCCAUGGAGAGCUUGGAGAAGCAAGAAGUUGCUUUUAAAUUGAUUGCUCAUACUUUGGAAAAGGUGAGCAUUGAUCAAAAGCAUUUGGAGCAAGUGAGAUUAAUUGCAAAGAAGCAGCUUCAAUCUAUGUCUGCAUUCCUAAAGAUUAGGAAGCGUGACUGGAAUGAAAAAGGACAACCUUUAAAAGCCAGAAUUAAUGCAAAACUAUCAGCUUUUCAAGCUGCUGCUAGGAUGCAAAUUAAAAGUCUUGUCUGUCUUGAUGUGGACGCAAAGACCUCUAAGAAAUUGGUGCUUGAGACUCUUGCAUUGUUGAUAGAUGCUGCUGAAGCUUGUCUGCUCUCUGUAUGGAGAAAGUUGAGAGCUUGCGAGGAGCUAUUCAUUUCCUUGCUUUCUGGAAUUGCACAAGUUGCUGUCUCUAGGGGAGGGCAGCCGCUGCGUGUUUUGCUCAUUCGUCUCAAACCCCUUGUGCUGGCUGCAUGUAUGCAGGCUGAUACCUGGGGCAGCAGCCAAGGAGUCAUGUUUGACGGUGUUCUGAAGACAUGUUGUGAGAUUAUUGAAACUGGCUGGGCCAAAGACCGAGCUCCAAUAGAUACAUUUAUCAUGGGAUUAGCUACAAGCAUUCGUGAGAGAAAUGAUUAUGGGGAGCAGGAUGAUAAAGAGAAGCAGGAAGUUCCAGCAGUACAGCUUAAUGUAAUACGUUUGUUGGCUGAUCUAAAUGUUGCUAUCAGCAAGCCUGAAGUGGUGGACAUGAUACUUCCUAUUUUUAUUGAAAGCUUAGAAGAGGGUGAUGCUAUAACUCCAAGCUUAUUGCGACUUCGACUUCUUGAUGCUGUAUCUCGCAUGGCAAGUUUAGGUUUCGAGAAGUCAUAUCGGGAAACAGUUGUUCUGAUGACGAGAAGUUACUUGAGUAAACUUUCGAGUGGAGGGUCUGGAGAAAACAAAACUUCGGAGUCAGAGGCCACCACAGAACGUUUUGAGACUCUUCCUGCGGGAUUUCUUUUGAUUGCCACUGGUCUUAAGAAUGCUAAAUUGCGCUCAGACUAUCGGCAUCGCUUGUUAUCUUUGUGCUCUGAUGUAGGCUUGGCAGCUGAAGCAAAAAGUGGCAGGAGUGGAGCUGAUUUUCUGGGGCCCCUACUUCCUGCUGUUGCUGAAGUAUGUUCUGAUUUUGAUCCUACAGUAGAUCUGGAACCUUCUCUGCUGAAGUUAUUUCGCAACUUGUGGUUCUAUGUUGCUCUUUUUGGGCUGGCACCUCCUAUUCAGAAGACUCAAAAAUCAGAUUCCUCAACAUUGAGCAGUUCAGGAAGCAUGAGUGCUAUUGCACUUCAAGCAGUGGCAGGACCAUAUAUGUGGAAUGAACAAUGGUCUUCUGCUGUCCAGCGUAUUGCUCAGGGGACACCUCCCCUUGUUGUGAGCUCUGUGAAAUGGCUUGAAGAUGAGCUGGAACUGAAUGCCCUUCACAACCCUGGCAGUCGUCAAGGGAGCGGCAAUGAAAAAGCUGCUGUAAGCCAAAGAACAGCUCUUUCUGCCGCAUUAGGUGGGCGAGUUGAUGUUGGUGCAAUGAGCACAAUUUCAGGUGUAAAGGCAACCUAUCUUCUUGCGGUGGCUUUCCUAGAGAUAAUACGUUUCAUUAGCAAUGGUGGCAUCCUUAAUGGUGACACUAGUGGUGGCACUAGUUUUACCGCUUCUAGAAGCGCCUUCAGUUGUGCCUUUGAAUACUUGAAAACUCCAAAUCUUAUGCCUGCUGUUUCCCAGUGUUUGACAGCAAUGGUGCACAGGGCAUUUGAAACAGCAGUGUCAUGGCUGGAAGACCGAAUAACUAAAACAGGCGAUGAAGCUGUGAUUAGAGAAUCAACCCUUUCCGCACAUGCAUGUUUUCUAAUAAAUAGUAUGUCGCAGAGGGAAGAACACAUUCGGGAUAUAGCUGUGAAACUAUUGGUUCAGCUUAGAGAAAAAUUUCCUCAGGUUUUGUGGAAUUCAUCUUGCUUGGAUUCCUUGCUUUUUUUUGUUGAAAAUGAGGCAACUUCUGUUGUCAAUGAUCCUGCUUGGGAAGCAGCUGUCCGUUCUUUAUACCAAAAAAAUGUUCGGGAAUGGACUGUUGAAUCACUCUCAUAUGCUCCAUGUACUACCCAGGGUUUACUCCAGGAAAAGCUUUGUAAAGCAAACGCAUGGCAGAAGGCACAGCAUACAACUGAUGUGGUGUCUUUAUUAUCUGAGAUAAGGAUUGGUACAGGAAAAAAUGAUUGUUGGACUGGAAUACGGACUGCAAAUAUUCCUGCAGUCAUGGCUUCUGCAGCUGCUGCAUCAGGAGCGAAUUUGAAGUUGUCAGAAGCCUUCAUCUUAGAGGUGCUUAGUACUGGUAUAGUCAGUGCAACAGUUAAAAGCAACUAUGCCGGAGAAAUUGCUGGCAUGAGAAGGUUGUAUAAUAGCAUGGGUGGAUUUCAAUCUGCUGCACCACAACAAGGUUUUGGUGGUGGCCUCCAAAGGCUGAUCUCUGGAGCAUUCUCUCAACCACAGCAGACUGAGGAUGAGGCAUUCAAUGAGGUUUCAAUUUCAAAGUUUGUGCGUCUCCUUCAACAAUUUGUUAAUUCUGCAGAAAAAGGUGGAGAACUGGAUAAGUCACAGUUCCGUGAAACUUGUUGUCAGGCAACUGCAUUGCUUCUGUCAAAUCUGGGUUCUGAUAGAAAAUCAAAUGUGAAGGGCUUCUCACAACUUCUACGUCUUCUCUGCUGGUGUCCAGCUUAUAUUGCUACCCCUGAUGCUAUGGAAACUGGUGUUUUCAUCUGGACUUGGCUGGUUUCUGCUGCUCCGCAGUGGGGUUCUCUUGUCCUUGCUGAACUUGUUGAUGCAUGGUUAUGGACAAUUGAUACAAAACGAGGUCUCUUUGCAUCUGAUUGGAAAUACUCUGGACCUACUGCAAAAUUAAGGCCCCACUUGUCCGCUGGGGAACCAGAGGAACUGCCUGAUAUCAAUCCUGUUGACCAAAUAAUUGCUCAUAGAUUGUGGCUGGGUUUUUUUAUUGAUCGCUUUGAGGUAGUUCGUCAGAAUAGUGUUGAGCAACUUUUGCUCAUUGGUCGGAUGUUACAAGGAACGACCAAACUUCCCUGGAGCUUUUCACGUCACCCAGCAGCAGCCGGCACCUUUUUCACCUUCAUGCUUCUCGGUCUUAAGUUCUGCUCAUGCCAAUCCCAAGGGAAUUUGCAGAAUUUUAGAAGUGGGAUUCAGCUGUUAGAAGAUAGAAUAUACCGGGCCUGUUUGGGCUGGUUUGCCUUUGAACCUCAGUUCUAUGACAUGAACAAUAUGAAUUUUGCUCAGAGUGAGGCUCAAUCUGUUCAGUAUUUUUGUAAUGAGAUGGUAUCUCAAACUGACUCCAAGGUCCAAGCACCUGAGAAAGGGGACACUGUGGUUCAUGCUAAUGAGGAUUAUCACCCAGUCUGGGGCCAGAUGGAUAAUUAUGCUGCGGGAAGAGAAAAGCGAAAGCAGCUGCUUCUAAUGCUGUGUCAGAAUGAAUGUGAUAGGCUUGAAGUUUGGGCACAUCCUGUUUCAAAGGAACCCAUGCCUGUUCGGCCCAAACUCACCCCAGAGAAAUGGAUUGAACAUGCCAGGAUUGCUUUCUCAGUGGAUCCUCGGAUUGCUUUUGCCUUGGCCUCAAGGUUUCCAACAAACGUGUCUCUAAAGACUGAAAUAACCCAGCUAGUCCAGUCAAAUGUAUUGGACAUUCGUGAAAUACCUGAGGCACUGCCGUAUUUUGUCACCCCAAAGGCAGUUGAUGAGAAUUCAGCACUUUUGCAACAACUGCCUCACUGGGCUGCUUGUUCAAUUACAGUAGCUCUUGAAUUCCUUACUCCUCAAUAUAAGGGCCAUCCACGUGUCAUGGCUUAUGUUCUAAGGGUUUUGGAGUCCUAUCCUCCUGAUCAUGUAACCUUCUACAUGCCACAACUUGUGCAAUCUCUGCGAUAUGACGAAGGGAGGUUAGAAGGAUAUUUGCUUAGAGCAACUAAAAAAAGUGACAUAUUUGCACAUAUUCUAAUAUGGCAUCUUCAGGGUGAAGAACCUGAAGAAGGGCAAGAAGCCGAAGAAAAGAAUCUUGCGUUUCAAGCAAUGCUACCAGCUGUUCGGCAACGUAUUGUUGAUGGUUUCUCACCUGAGGCCCAAGACGUGUUUGAAAGAGAAUUUGACUUCUUCGACAAAGUUACAUCCAUUUCUGGCGUCCUAUUUCCUAUUCCAAAGGAGGAACGCCGGGCUGGCAUCCGGAAGGAGUUGGAGAAAAUUCAAGUGAAUGGAAAAGACCUUUAUUUGCCAACCGCUCCUAAUAAGCUUGUUAGGGGUAUUCGAGUUGAUAGUGGAAUACCGUUACAAUCGGCUGCAAAAGUUCCUAUCAUGAUCACAUUCAAUGUCAUUGAUCGAGAUGGUGAUGAGAAUGACAUAAAGCCCCAGGCUUGUAUUUUCAAGGUUGGAGAUGAUUGUCGACAAGAUGUUCUUGCUCUUCAAGUUAUAGCUCAACUAAGAGACAUAUUUGGAGCAGUUGGACUUGAUUUAUAUUUAUUUCCGUAUGGUGUUCUCCCAACUGGCCCAGGAAGAGGUAUAAUUGAGGUUGUGCCUAACACACGAAGCAGAAGCCAAAUGGGUGAAACAACUGAUGGUGGUCUGUAUGAGAUUUUUCAACAGGAUUUUGGGCCCGUUGGCUCUCCUAGCUUUGAAGCUGCCCGCAGAAACUUUUUAGUUAGCAGUGCAGGUUAUGCUGUAGCUAGUCUUCUUCUUCAACCGAAGGAUCGACACAAUGGCAACCUUCUCUUUGACAGUGCGGGGAGGCUGGUUCACAUAGAUUUUGGUUUCAUCUUCGAAAUAUCACCUGGUGGAAAUAUGCGGUUCGAGAGUGCACAUUUCAAGCUGAGCCACGAGAUGACUCAAUUACUCGACCCAUCUGGGGUUAUGAAGAGUGAAACAUGGGAUAACUUUGUAAGCUUGUGUAUUAAAGGAUACCUGGCUUCCCGUCGAUAUAUGAACGGGAUUAUCAACACGGUGUUGCUGAUGCUCGACAGCGGAUUGCCGUGCUUCAGUAGGGGAGACCCCAUUGGAAAUCUUCGCAAGAGAUUUCAUCCCGAAAUGUCUGAGCGUGAAGCAGCCAAUUUCAUGAAAAGUGUAUGCGUAGAUGCAUACAAUAAGUGGACCACUGCCGGCUAUGAUCUCAUACAGUAUCUGCAACAAGGCAUUGAGAAGUAAAUGGAAAAGGGAAAAUCAUCUUUUUGCAUUUGCGUAAAUAUUUUUAAUUUUCUAAUUAUUCUUUUUUUUUUUUUAAUCUUCUAUGGUUUCGAUUUUUCUUGAGGAAAUUCCCACCAAAAUAAUGAUAGGAAAUAAUCAUAACAGCAGGCAUAAUAACAGCCUCCCUCACGCACACAUACGUUGUGAUGUUGUUGAUGAGGAGAAGAUUGUAAAUAUAAUAAUUUUAUUAUAAUAAUAAGAAUUGAGUUCUCUUUGUAACAUGGUAGGGAAUUUCCUUGUUAGGUAAUUUUUUUUAAAAAAUUACGCAUCUUUGUAAUUUUCGUUUUAUCAAAUGAAUAUUACAAUUUUGUACCGUCUAUGUCUA